CCCGCUCGCCCUAGCCUCCCUAAAACGCAGGCGCAGUGCCCGGGCGUGCAUCCGCUACGGCCGCCGCCGAGCCCGUGCCCAGGGGCCGCCGGCGUCGCACCCCUCUCUAUCUGCCAACAUCCUGUGUUACAAGAGCCUGUGGCUGGAGGUGUGACCGUGGGAGAGCUGGCCAGGGAGGGCCCCUGCCCAGUCGCUGCCCUGUUCCUGUCUCCUGUCCCCCUUCCCUGGCCAUGACAGAGACCCGUGAGCCUGCUGAGACUGGAGGCUACGCAAGCCUGGAGGAGGACGAGGAGGACCUUUCCCCAGGCCCAGAGCAUUCUUCUGACUCUGAAUACACUCUUUCAGAGCCUGACUCUGAGGAGGAGGAGGAGGAAGAGGAGGAGGAAGAAGAGGAGACCACCGAUGACCCCGAAUAUGACCCCGGCUACAAGGUGAAACAGCGCAUAGGUGGGGGCAGGGGAGGCCCCUCCCGCCGGGCCCCCCGAGCGGCCCAGCCUGCUGGCCCACCCGCACAGCCCUGUCAGCUCUGUGGCCGAUCACCGCUGGGGGAGGCCCCACCGGGUACCCCACCUUGUCGACUCUGCUGCCCUGCAACAGCAACCCAAGAAGCCCCAGCCCCUGAAGGCAGGGCUCUUGGGGAGGAAGAAGAGGAACCUUCUCGCACUGGGGAGAGCCAGCCAGCAGGGCGCGAUGACGAAGAGGAGGAGGAGGAGGGGGGCACCUACCACUGUACAGAGUGUGAGGACUCCUUUGACAACCUUGGGGAGCUGCAUGGCCACUUCAUGCUGCAUGCCCGGGGCGAGGUGUAGGUAGGGCCACUAAGGGAGCUGGUAAGAGGGGUAGGUGGGGGCAGGGGGCUGAG